GUGCUGUAAACGCUGUAUAGAUUUGACACAUGAGAACAAUUUGACCAGCCACUAUGCCUGAUGCAGUGUCAGGAGUUAUAUGAUUCUCUAACCAGGAAAUAGAAACAUGGAUCAUAAAGGCCACAAAGCCACAUUUCUUCACACCUCUCAGAAUAUAUACUAGAUCUGAUGACAAAAUGUGCUAUAAAUAGGAUGAGGUCUGUCUAUGUAUCAGGAUGCUCUUAAUUUAUUUUUGAAAUUCGCGCUUGUGAACAUGGAAGUUCAUUUUUUCCUAUUUCACGCUUGUUUAUAAUAAGCAGUUACCAUAGCAACCAUGGAACAAGAGGAGAAAUAUUUUAAAGAUUAGUUUAUGACUGAUGGAUUGUUGUUAUACAUCAAACAUGUAUGGAUAAAAUAACAGUUCAAGUUUGGAUAUCUAGCACUACAUGUAUGGAUAUAUAGUCCAAAGACGAAGGGCUGUUCAAUUUAAAUGCGCAAAGGGCUGUUUGCAUUGGAUAUAUAACAAGUAAGGGCUGUUAAAAAAUAUAACAGAAAGUAUUUGCAGGAAAUAUACUAUAAAUAGUAUAAAAUGGCGAAAAAGUUAGAAUCGAAAGUGUUCAACGUGAGCAUUGUUGGAUUAUCGGGUACAGAGGGCAACAAAGGAGUUCAGGGAGUCGGGAAAUCAUGCCUGUGUAACAGGUUCAUGAGCCCACAUGCUGAUUCAUAUUAUACAGACCAUAUCUCCGUGCUCAGUCAAACGGACUUUGGUGGUCGUAUCGUCAACAAUGACCACUUCCUUUACUGGGGUAGCGUAACUAAGACAUCGGAUGAUGCCCUAGAUUAUACAUUUCAUGUCAUAGAACAGACAGAGUUUGUCGAUGACUCCAGUUUCCAGACAUUCAAGAGUGGUAAACCGGACCCCUAUAUUAAACGCUGUAUGGCUACCAAAGUGCAAUCUGCCGAGAAGUUGAUGUAUAUCUGUAAGAAUCAACUAGGUCUCGAACAUGACUACAAUCAGGUGUUGAUGCCGGAUGGGAAACUCUCAAUCGAUGGAUUCAUGUGUGUCUUUGACAUUAGUCAGGUUCAUCAACGUCGUCUUGAACACCAAGUUGAAUUUUUCACUUUAAUACUGAACAAUCUCGUCAAAACAAAAAAGCCUAUCGUGGUUGUCACGACAAAACAUGACGAGGCAAAUGAUCAGUAUAUCAGAGAAGUUGAGCGAAUUGUCGCUCGGAAAGAAUAUCGCAACAACAUUCCUAUCGUUGAGACAUCGGCUCAUGAAAACAUCAAUGUUGAGCUUGCAUAUAUGACAUUAGCUCAUUUAAUAGACAAAUCCCUAAAAGGACAAAAAACAAAAAUAGUGCCAUACCAAGAAGCAGCCAAAGCCAGAAAGGAAGUUUUAGAUGUCGCUCGUGAUGCAUAUCAGCAUCAUUUGCGAUCAUUGGCGACAGAUUAUAAUGCCACCUGGAGUUCGGUGCAUAAACUAUUUUUACAAAAUCCAGAUUACAAUCAUUAUGUGGAUUUAUGUGGGACAGAUUCUGCGAAGAAGUUAUUCAGGAGACAUGUGCGGCAACUAAGGGAGGACCAUAUCUCUAUGAAAGAACGGAGGUAUUUAGAGGGUCUCAAGACAGUUCUGGAGGACAUGCUGCCAGAUUUAGCAGCUAUUGCUGACAGGAGCUGGCCAACUACUCAGGCUUAUUUGAAGCGUCACGAAUAUUUUGAUACUUACUUCAUUGAGAUGCCCCCUGAUGUGAUGUCAUGGAAGGAUGGUGACCAUAUAGAGAGUAACGACCCUAGGAUACCAUUCGAUCUUCUGGACUCUAACGAGGCGGAGAAUAUAUUCAGGAACCAUAUAAAUGCUCUACAUGCUGUUCAGAAACGCACAGAAAUGAAACGUCAGUUUAAAGAAAUGCUUGACAACAAUCUCCAGGUGACCCCUGGGAAGCCCCUCAGCGAAGUACAAAUCUUCUUUCUCGGACGGGAGUGUUGGAGUUUCCUUAGCGACCAAGAGAAGCAUCUCAUAUACGACCAACAUCAAGCAGAAAUACGAGAGGAUGCUAAAAUUGACUUUCAGGAAUUGUUACUCGAGCAUGCUGAAUUGUUUGCUAAGCUGGAUCCCCAUGGUGAUAUUUCCCCAGAGGAUUUGAAAAGAAUCAAUUUUGAGUUGAAAGAUGAACAAAGAUAUAAGAUUCUAAGUCGACUGGAGAAUGAGCGCAAAGUGAUGCUACUCAACCACUUAGGCUUCGUCCAGUACCCUUUUAGAGACAAGUGCCCUUUCCGGGAGUACUGUAUGGAACAAAUGGUAGAAAGACUUUUACUGAAUAAGGCACAUAGCAAACUUGGUUCAGCAAGUGAAAGUGUGAAAAUGGGUAAAACACCACAGUCAUGGAUAAGAGCCAGUCAGUGGUUGCUGGAUUCACAAGAUAACCAGCUUAACCUCAAUAUACUAGGCUGUGAUGGGCUGGCUGAUGAAUUAACCAAUGAGAUUAGGUCCCAUUGCAUUGAUGAUGAAUACAGUUUGGGAGGUGCAAUAUAUAGUUUAGACUACAGACCAAUAGAUGGGGAUGUCAAUCUGCCCCAUAAUGCAUUUCGAUCAGAAGGAUUUUUACCUCACGGUUGUUUUUGUGUGUACUCUAAUGAAGAAACGUUGAGCUAUGUCCAGGAAAGUUUAGAGAAAACGUUACUCUCUGAUCUUGAAAGGGAAGACCGACUGCCAUUUCAGGGAUUGCCGAUUGUUAUCAUCCUGGCAUUUGACUCGUCACUCUCUGAUAAAGAGCUGACGGUGUUAAGAGAGGAAGGAGGGAACUUAGCAGAUAGGCUACAAUGCCCGUUCAUUGACAUUCCGUCUCACCUCAUGUUGGAAGAGUCUCAGAAGUUUGAUGCGACACAGAUUGAUCAUGCGUUACGGGACUUGAUAGAGUGUAUCAAGUAUCGUGCAGAGUUUAUCAACCCACUACAAUUACAAGAAGCCAUAGAACCAGAUAUUAGAAUUGUUAUGUGUUGUAUGUGUGGUGACAAUUACAACUUAGAGACCCCUUUAGGACCCCUUCUAAAUCAUCAAUGCUGUUAUAUCAUCGGAGAAAGAACCCUGAUCUUAGAGACAUAUUUAGAUGACUCGAAACGUCGCGUUGAAGUGAUUGUUACGUCAUACCAUCAUGGUGCUACCAUAGUCCAAGACAGCCUAGUCCAUGGCUAUAUUUUGGUCUAUUCAUCAAAACGGAAAGCGUCUUUAGCAGCUGUCAAGGCAUUGAUCACUACAACGCCUACAAUCCCAAUACAACUCCUGGCAGUAACUGAGUCAGGUGGUGCUAAUGCCUUCUUCUCAAGUGACUACACACAGGCUCUCAUUACAGAGGGGAACGCCCUUGCAGAUAAACUUCAUGCAAGGUUCAUGACUACAAGUGCCAGCUUCAAGCAACAAACUGCCGCCUAUACCCCAUUCUUUAAAGAGGUUUGGGACAAUAAAACGGACACAGAGGAAACGUUGGGUUAUGGAUAUUCUGAUGAUGAACCUGACCCCUCAGACAUGUAUGAAUUAGGCAUGAGACCCCCUCCUGCCCUACCCAAGCUGCCCAAGAGGAUUGACUCAUAUGGCGUAAACACACGUGGUAGUGCAAGUAACAGUCAAAGUACGGAAGACUCUGAGCCUGUCUACGAUCAACUACAACGUUAUGUCCAGUCAGACAGCGAUCAUGAACAUGACCGUGCAAGCUCCACCUCUCCAACCUUUUAUGAUAACACUAGUCCCUACGGAACUGUCAAUCAUGCUAAUGAUGCGUACAGUGACGUUACAACAUCUCGCAAUGGCGAUCAACCACUUAGACCAAGCCAGGUUAAAAAUCGGCGGAAUAUAUAUGCAGGUUGGAGCGAUAACGAUACACUAAAUCGUAAACUUCAGAAAGCGUCAACUAUGCCAACACAGUCUGCAGGAGCAGGACCUGGUUGGAAUGAAAACCAGUAUGACAUCAUUCCUAGCGAACAAACCGAUUGGACAGAUAAAGACCCCUUGGUAUCAUCAUCAUCACCUCAGGGGUCUCUCAAUCGUCGUAACAAUCAACAAGUCAAAUCAAAACCAGCAGUCAAACCAAAGCCAUUAAACAUGCAUAGGUUCUCAGAUGUUACCAAUGUGAUACGCCGUAACCUUGGUUACAGCAAACAACAACAUCACCAACAGCAACAGCAGCAACAACAACAACAACAACAAGGCUUCAACUACAUGCCCAUACAACAUGUUCAGGCCCCCCUGGCCACACCCGAAC